AUGGCCGAGAUACGGUUCUGCUCCGAAAUUGUAGAUGAUGUGAAAGGGAAGGUGGUUGUUAUGACAGGCGGCGCCCAAGGAAUUGGAGCAGCAACCAUCUCGUUGCUGUACACGAGAGGCGCCCAUGUCUAUUUCGGAGACUGGGAUGAUGUAAAGGGCCACCAACUCGUUAGUCAUCUCCAGUCAAGCACGCCUCACGGUGGCGGAUCGGUACAUUUUCAGAAGCUCGACGUUCGUAACUACAACGAACAGCUACAACUCUUCAAGACGCCAUAUGAAGAAAAAGGGCAUGUCGACAUUGCAAUCUCUUGCGCUGCUGUGAUUGAACCCAAUGGUUGGUUUGGGCCAGACCAGUUGAGCCUCGAGGCGGUUAUGACCGAGCCCCAACCACUGAAAGAUACUAUCGAUAUCAACUUGACGAGCGUUGUUCUCUUUUGCCGAAUAGCCCUUGCUUUUAUGAAGGUUGAUAAGGAUCCGACGAGGCCAAAUGACUUCUCGAAAUCCAUUGUCUUGGUGUCUUCCAUCGCUGGAAUAGUCGAAGCAGCUGGUCUCUUUGCCUACAGUGCUGCAAAGCAUGGCAUUAUAGGACUGAUGAGGUCAUUAAGAGCGCUGGCUACAGCCAAGUUCAACAUUCGCAUCAACGUCGUGUGUCCCUGGGCUACGGAUACACAAAUGAUCGAUAAUGUGCGUUCCAUCUGGGGGAAGCAUCGUCUCCCACUGAAUGCGCCCAAUGACGUUGCGCAGUUCAUCGCUCAGCUGGCAACUGACAAGUCUUUGAGCGGAAAGUCUGUUCUGGUCGCUGGUGGUCGAGGGUUUGAUACUGAGGAAGGCAUUGAUAAGACAAUGUCAGAGUGGUUUGGACCUCUUACAGAUGACUUCUGGCGCGGGCAAAAGGCUCUUGGGACGGGUGAUGAAUGGUCCGAUAUUUGA